GCAAUCGGGAACACAUAUCCUAUUGUACCGAUAGCAGGAAGAAAAAUGAGCGACGGUGAACCUCUACUAAUUGACGAUGAAAGGAGACAUCCAAAUCAAUAUGAUGACUGGGAAAACCAAAUUAGACCGGUUGUUGCCGAAUUUGUUGGUGUGACCGUUUUCGUGUUUGUUGGUACGAUGGUUGUACAAACAAACGAUACUACCAGCAUUGGCCUUGCACAUGGUUUGAUGAUCGCAUUGCUUAUAAUGGGACUUGGAAAUAUAAGUGGGGGACAUUUUAAUCCUGCAGUGACCCUUGGAGUUGCACUUAACGAUGGUAUAUCGCUAUCUUUGAGUGUUCUGUAUUUCUGUGCUCAGAUGAUUGGUGGGGCACUUGGGGCAGCAUUUACAAGAGCUGUUCUUCCAUCAAAUGUUUACCAUGGUGCAAUUUCUAUAAAUGGAGGAGCUCAUACUCUGUCACCAGGGGUAGAACCGGGAUGGGCUAUUCUGUGUGAAGCUAUUUUGACUUUUGUUCUUGUUUUUACUGUACUUAUGAAUGCUCUGGAUAAAAGAAAUCAAGAUUCUGUUUUAACACCGCUUGCUAUUGGUUUUGCUGUAGCUGUAGAUAUAAUGGGAGGGGGGAUGACCACAGGUGGUUCAAUGAAUCCAGCACGAAGUUUCGGACCAGCGUUGGCUGUAUCAGCUUUUAACACGGAUGUAUGGAAACAUCAUUAUGUUUACUGGAUAGGACCAGCAAUCGGUUCUCUUGUAGCUGCUGGGAUAUAUAGGUUUUUGUUUCGUCGUUGAAAAGAAAAUUUUGUCUCAUAUGAGAUUGAAUGAAUUGGAGACUCACUGGUUUAGAAGACGGAGUUUUGCGAAGAUGCUCAGAAAUCCUCCUUAUUUGAAACUGAUACUCAUCCAUGCAUGAUAUUUUUUUUAUAGUAUUUGUUUUGUUUUUGAAUAAAUUGGUCGUGGGAUUUGA